AUGGCCAGCGAGGUUUAUCCGAGUGCCUCAGAAGUCCAUACAGAGAGAACAGAUGUUUUCCAACUCGAAGCACUUUCAUUAAAUUUUCUACGAAGCAUCUCCAAAAUUCCUGAUGAUGUAGAAAUUCCAAAACUUAAACCGUGCAAACUCUGCGAUAAAAAUAUACCGACCUUUCGAUUUCAAGAAUUCACCGUACUAAGUUGUGGACAUAUACUACAUCGAACAUGCCUCGAAAAACAUUAUAUACGAUUUCCCACAUGUCCAACCUGCCCCACAACCAUUGAAAUUAUUAGAGAGGAACUUGUACUCGCUUCUGGCGAGUAUGAUAUAGUGCUUAAGAAUCAAGAUCUCGGGAAAAAAGCAUCCCAGCGAAGUGAUAUCACUAUCGAAGAUGAAGAUGAAUUAGAAGUUUUGAGUACACUAGGAUCAAGCAACCAGUCCAUUCCCGAUAAUUCUACCUGUAAUCGUGCCACAAGCCCCAUUGUGAUCGAAGAUAUUAGUACCACACCAGAGAAUUCAGGAAACCAAGCUAACGAAAAUCUUGGCCGUGUCACAUCCCCUGAUAAGAGUAGCAAUGUAUAUGUUGAGCAAGAUUUUACGAAGGGGUCGAAGCCAUCUAAUUCUGAGGAUCAGACAAAUGAUACCACAAAAACCCGUUCAUCAAGACAAUCAUCCCCAAAAAUUGACCGUGAUCGGGAUAAAUUGCAAAGUCUUACAAGAACUAUCCACACCAAUCAAAGGAGAGACUAA